AUGUCCUUCGUCCCCAUUAAAGGCAAUCGGAUCCUACUACUCGCAAAGUACUGGGACUGGCCCGACUUGGACUCGAAGGGUAUCAAGUCAAGCUAUCUACACCUAUCAAUCCACGAAAUCCGCUCCGAUCUUCGUGUUGGUUCUGCUCUGUGGUCUUACAAUGGAAGUGUUGAUGGUCACUUCAAUAUUGAUGAUUUGGAGCUGAUAAAAUCCACCGAAAAUGCAUUGGGAAUCACUUUUUGGGUGCGAUUUGAUGACCAUUUUAAGCUGUUUGACAUCUCUACUAUUGAAACUGACACCUCGAAUAACUUGCCUCUUAUUGAGUCGGGGAGAAUUGAUUUUGAUCUAAAGUUGAAGUCGAAGCCGGAGGACGAUGAGAACCUUGUCAUACUAUCCCCUGACGUCCACAUUCUCCUCACCGUGGAUUUGGAGGAGGAUCGACACAACGAAACGAUUGACAUUCACUAUUUGGAUUCUGGUGGUACAAGCUUUUCCUUCAUUACCCGCCUGUCUUUUCCCGUCGCAGAAACAGAAUAUUUACCAGAAUUUGCAUUUUCUGCCGAUGGGUCCAAGUUUGCUGUGGCUAUGGAACAAGGCGUGUUUGUUUGGGAUAUUCGAAGCAAAGUUCCUUUACGGAGAUUCACAGGAAUCUCCUCCGACUACGAGACUCUACAAUAUCCUCAAUUUAGCAGUGGAAAUUUAGGGCAAGAAAUCCUAGUAUUUGCCGAGCAAGAUUAUGAUUCCCGUCUUGCAACAAUUCAUGUGAUCGAUGCGACGUGGUUUGAGACGGAAGAGAAGCUUUGCAUCAAGUUAGGCGGCAAUACAGUGAGGGCACUUUUCUUCGAUCCAAGCGGGGGAACUCUGUACGCUGAACUUGGUGGAACAAUUUACGAGUGGGACCUGCGGGAAAAUGAGCCUGGUCCCGAAUGGUGGAUCGGAGAGGAGUAGGAUGUGGCUUGAACAGAGUACUUUUAUCACACCGUUUGUAUUUCGUUGAAACGAGUAACCAGUGUUCAAGCAAAAGAAGUUUGAAGG